AUGCUACAAAAAAGAGGUACAUAGACAUUGCUAUUCCUCUCAAGUUUCAAUCAAGAUGUUUGAUUAAAAAACAUAUCUUCAUCUCUUCCACCCUUUUCUUUUUUCUUUUCUCUCUCUAAAUUUUGCAAUAUUAAGACCUUGUACCUGUAAAUACAUAUAUCAGAUUUACAUUGUUGAAAGGGGUGCAUUUAUUACAAUACUCAUAAAUAUUUUCACCUCUCUUUCCUAUUAAACCCCCGCGAGGACUAAAUUCUCGACACAUAUUAUUCAUAUUGAUCGCCUUCUCUUAUGGAGCCUCCUAGAUCAUCAGAACCAUCUCUGUCUGAAACUUCGACCGUCAACUCGGUAUCGAAUGGUCUCAAAGAUGAUGACAACUAUGAUCUUGUAUUGGAUCUGAGCCUUUCCAACAAAGAUGACUCGAAACCCGAGCUCAAUCUCAUCGAAUGUUUCAAGGUCACGGUUUCGUCUGAUAAUCAUCAAGAUUGUUUGGGAACUCCUCAAGGUAAUGAAACUGAGCCUAGAGUGUUUUCAUGUAAUUAUUGCCAAAGGAAAUUUUAUAGCUCACAGGCUUUAGGAGGGCAUCAAAAUGCACAUAAACGAGAAAGAACACUAGCCAAACGAGGGCAACAAAGGGUUGUUGUUGGCCUUGGUGGUGAUGGUGGUGGUGGUGGUGGAGCUUCUUUUGCAGCUUUUGGUCACCCUAAUACACACUCUGGUCGAUAUUCCACCAUGGCUUUCCUUCCUUUGCAUGGCUCUUUCAAUAAAUCGCUUGGGAUUCAAGUCCAUUCUAUGAUACACAAGCCAUCUAUUCCUUCAUCAACACAUAUAUACGGGCAUAAUGAAUGGUCUAGACGGCCUAUUCAUCAAACACCGGCAAUUGGGCAUCUUUCAUUAGAGAAUUUUCAUUUGGGAUCAUCGACAAAUAACGGUACUGCUGCUAGGUUCGAAAGUAGUGUACGGAAGUUUGGUCCAUCCACUGAAGGGAUGAAAGGAUAUUGGUGGGAUAGUAGUAGUGUUAACCCUUUCAACACUAAGCAAGAUGAGUUGAAACUUGACUUGUCUUUGAAGCUCUAAGUAGUCUAGUUUUAAUAAUCUUCUUCUUUGCUAAUCACAGAGUAUUCUAGUUAACAUUUUCUUUUCUGUUGUUUUUUUGUCUAAUUUUGCUAGAGUUUUCCUCUUUGUCUUAUUUCCCUUUUUUAAGUUUUAGUUGGAUCUUUUGUAAUUGCAUUUUGGUUAGAGAAAACUUUUAGAGAUUCUACUAUUUGAAA